GAUGGCACUAUCGAUAUAUCGAAUUUUUAUAUUUUUGCGUCGCUAUCGAUGGUUAUUGUUCACUAUCGAUAGUGGCAUUACCAUACAUUGCACAUCACUUGUUUUGGCGCAACUUUGCAGGUCGGCAGCAAAUUUUGGUAAGAAAUACAUUUAUAUGUAAAAGGUAAUUAAAUAUUAAAAUAAGUGUUUAUUUGUAGGUAAAUUUUCGUUGGUGUUGGUGGCGGAAGGAUGGACAAAUUUCUCUUGAAAAACUCACAGGAUGGACAAGACAGCAGCAUUGAGGCAAUUGAGGAGGACAACCAGCUAGCAAAAAGGCAGCGAGUCGGAAGAUCAUCGGUGUGGGGCCAUUUCGAAAAAAUAAACAACGGUAUGUCGGCAAAGUGUCGCUCUUGCGGCAAAAUGUAUAAGACGAGCGGAAAUACCUCAAAUUUAUUUGACCACCUGAAGCGUGCUCAUCCCGGUCAGCGUGUUAACGAUUUGUCAAUCACUUCUGGUAAAAUAAAUACAUAUUUAAACACAACAUAUGAAUCUACGUCAAAGCGCAAACAAGAGCUUGAUUUAGGACUCAUAAAAUUUGUAGCUCAAGGCAGGCAACCUUUUUCUAUAGUUGAGGAUCCUGAGUUUCGCGACUUUAUCAAACUAUUGGACCCACGCUACAAACUACCGUCGCGGACUACCCUCUCUAAUGUCAUGAUGACAAAUUUAUUUGAUGAGCAGAAACCUAAAUUAAAAAAUUUGCUCAGCAAAAUAAAUCACUGUGCCAUCACAACUGAUAUGUGGACGUCCCUGGCAAAUGAAUCUUAUAUGACAGUCACAUGCUCGUUUAUUACAGAUAGUUACUGUCUUCGCUCUGCUGUUUUAUCAACAAAUAAGCUAAUUGAUGAAACAAAUCAUACUGCUAAGAAUAUAGCAGAUACCCUGCAGGCUGUUUGCAACGAAUGGGAAAUUUUUGAUAAAAUAACUGCAAUUGUGACCGAUAAUGCAAGCUCAAUGAUCAAAGCGUGUGAGCUGCUUAAAAAAAGGAAUUUACCCUGCUAUGCACACUCACUUAAUUUGGUGGUGCAAGAUUGCCUUAAGCUGGAUUGCACAAAAGAAUUACUUAAAAAAUGCAAGUCCAUUGUCGCGUUUUUUAAAAGUAGCACGAUUGCUUACAAGAAAUUUAAAGAUUCUCAAUUGACGGAAACUAAAUAUAGUCUAAUACAGGAAGUUGCCACCAGAUGGAACAGUGCAUUCCUAAUGAUUGAAAGAGUCUUAAAUAAUAAUAAUAUAAUAUAA